UAUCAAAACGCGCGAGGAAGGUUACGCGCAUCGCACGCCGCUUCAGAUCGCGCGCGAGAUGUUUUCCUACGCCGAUGGUUGUACUAUGUCUGCCAAGAAAGAUGGUCUCGUGAAUAUUGGCGGAUUCCUGGCUAUGAACGACGAAGAUCUUGCAGAUAAGUGCCGUCGGGAGUUGAUCAUAUCUGAAGGAUUUGUCACCUACGGUGGGUUGGCCGGGAGAGAUCUGGAGGCGAUGGCAGUGGGGUUACGCGAGGUUCUAGAGGAAGACUAUCUCCGAUAUCAAGUGGGGUUUGUCAAAAUGCUUGCAGAUUUGCUGAAGGAGCACCGCAUUCCUGUUUUGACUCCUCCAGGUGGACAUGCAGUGUACAUUGAUGCAGCCGCCAUGUUGCCGCAAAUUCCCAAGGAGCAGUUCCCUGCAUGGGCUCUUGGCUGUGCCCUUUAUGUGGAAGGUGGAAUCCGCUGUGGUGAAAUUGGCGGUGUGAUGCAUGGUAAAGCUUCUGAGAAUCUGGAAAAUGGCAACGAGUUUGAACACGAGAAUCGAGAGCUUCUUCGCCUUGCACUACCACGAAGGACAUAUACUGAAUCACACAUGAAGUACGUCGCCGAAGUGUUGGAAUACAUUAACAGAUACAAAAAGGCGGUCAGCGGAUAUAGAAUCACGUGGGCCCCUGCUGUGUUACGUCAUUUUAGCGCUCACCUGGAACCCAUUCUCCCACUGCAAAGGAGGGGUAAAAGGAGACUGGAGGAGGAUUAG